AUGGUGUCUCGUGAGCACUACACGGUGGGCUGGGUUUGCGCUCUGGCCGUGGAAGUCGAGGCAGCCAAAGCAACACUUGAUCGCAUUCACACCGUCUUACCUGCGGAUCCGACUAAAAACGACACCAAUAACUACGUUUUAGGCAGCCUGAACGGUCACAAUGUCGUAGUCGCGUAUCCGGCUUCUGGCGAGUAUGGGACUACUUCGGUUGUCAUACAGUUGCGUGCGAGCUUCAACUCCCUCCGCUUCAUCCUGAUGGUUGGCAUUGGCGGAGGGGUGCCUGGUGCAAAGGAGGACAUUCGUCUUGGCGACAUCGUCGUGGGCAAAUCGACAGCAGACCGGCCCGCUUUCGUCCAGUACGAUCUCGGCGGAGAGGGUACGGCAUACCAGAUCAUAAAUGGCAAGGCAUUGGAUCAGCCAUCACCUUUACUGCUUACAGCCGCGGGUAAGGCUGAGACAGCCCAUAUCUUUGAUGAGAGUUUGCUACCCCGUUACGUCUCCGAGAUCGUGCAGAAAGACACCUCCACCUUUGCGCAUCCGGGCUCAGAGCAGGACGUCCUCUUUGAUCCCGAUUAUGAUCACAUCUCCAUCGAGUCCGCAGAGGACGGAUGUGAUCAUUGCAACCCGGACAAAAUUUGUAAUCGGCCACCACGGGAGGACCAGAAUCCUAUAGUUCAUUAUGGCCCGAUAGCUUCCAGCAAUCGGUUAAUGCGCCAUGGUGCCACUCGGGACAAGCUGGCGGAUGAGCAAGGCAUCCUCUGUUUUGAGACAGAGGCGGCUGGCUUGAUCGCAGCCGACCAGUGCCUGCUCAUCCGAGGAAUCUGUGACUAUGCGGAUUCACACAGCUCCAGGCUGUGGCACGCCUACGCCGCCGCAGCUGCCGCAGCGUAUGCCAAGGAGCUUCUGUCAUUCAUUCCUACGAUUCCAAAGCCGAUGUAUGGGGCAGCAAACUCAUAUGUGGUAGCAGCUCCGAUUCUCGAUGCUCUACUCUUGACCAGACCCGAAGUCGAUCGGAGAUCUCUCAUUGCACUGAAGGGGCGGCGAGUUGACGGUACCUGCGAAUGGCUUAUGCAACACUCCAGCUAUCAAAAGUGGCUGGUAGACGCCGAUCACCCGCUCCUCUGGAUCUCAGGUGGCCCUGGAAAAGGGAAAACUAUGUUGGCCAUUUAUCUCACCGAAGAGUUGCAACUAGCGGUUGACUCGACCGACGAUGUUCUCCUCUACUACUUCUGUAGUAACCGUGACAAAAACCGGAACACUGCAUUGACCAUAAUGAGAGGCAUUCUACAUCAAUGGGUCAACCUUCAGCCACAACUGGCACAACAUAUCAAGCACUCCUUCGAAGGGACUGAAACGACCAAAUAUACCAUUUCCAGCUUUAUCUCCUUAUGGAGGAUUUUCCUGACCCUGCUUCGGCAGAGCGGGUCUAGCAAGGUAGUGUUGGUGCUGGAUGGCCUGGAUGAAUGCGAAAAGGAAUCUCUCAGGCAACUUCUCGACGCCGUGGGGAAUUAUGUCUCUAGGUCUGGGGGAAGGUCAAAGCCACGCCUAAAGCUCAUCCUUCUCUCCCGGCCCCAACCGGCCAUUUUGGAGAGCAAGCUCGGCGGAUACCAGCGAAUCAAGAUGGAUGAAUCAGAUACGGAAAUUUCAAAUGAUGUCGAGAGAUACAUCUUCGCUAAAGUUGCUGAACUUGCAAUUGAGCAAAACCUUUCGGAGGAGAUGAUUGUGCAUGUCCGACAAACCUUGUUGGCUGGCGCUGAAGGUACCUUCCUAUGGGUCGGGUUCGUUGCCAACGAGCUUCAGGGCAGGAACUGGAGCAAAUUCAACGACAUUCUUCGCAGCGUCCCUAAGGGCCUUGGUGGGAUUUAUCGGCGGCUGCUUCAACAAGUCGAAGACAAGGAACAGCUGGUCUCCAUCCUUCGAUGGAUCGUUCUUGCCGCCCGACCACUUGCAGUGGAUGAACUGACAAUGGCUGCAGGGAUCAAGGCAUCUGGUAAUCUCCAGGCAACCGAAGUGAUGAAGAAUCGGCUCGCAUUCUGCGGGCUGAUGGUGAAAAUCGAAGGAGAUGUAGUCAACCUUGUACACGAGUCGGCCAAAGAGUUCUUUCAGAGUGAGCAAGUCAAUGUUGAGGGGGUCAACAUGUUCUACAUGAAUCAAAACACCCAUCGGAUUCUUCUGCAGACCUGCCUGUCACACAUCGAAGGGAGUUACGGAUGUGGCAGAACUCACAGCGACAAGCCUCUUCACAAUUCCCUCGUGGCUUAUGCUAGCCUAUAUUGGCCGGUGCAUUUUCAACAAGCCAUCAAUGUAAUUGAUGCACCAUCCGAGUUUUCACGUCCCUUUUUCCAAGUCGCGUCUCCAAUCCGGGAGGAAUGGUGGAAAUUCUUUUGGGAGCAGGAGAAAAGUGGCGGAAUUCCGCCCUCCUUCACACUCUUACACCUAGCUGCCUACCUUGGUAAUCUGAAAUGGGCCAAAAUUUUGCUGGCCGAACAUGCGCGUCUCAUUUCGCGAAAGGACAACUACGGCCGGACGCCGCUUUCCUGGGCUGUCAGUCGAGGCCAUUGGGACAUGGCCAAAUUAUUGCUUGAUCAUGGUGCUCGUGUCGAUGCCAAAGAUCGAAGCAAGUUGACCGCACUCCAUAUUGCGGUCAGUGGACAGCACAAGGAACUCGUGUCUCUAUUGCUAAAGCACCAUGCUCGUCUUGAGUGUAAAGCCAAAGAUGAUGGCGACACACCGUUAAUUCGAGCCAUUCAGGCGAAUUCGAAGGAUAUAGUCAAGCUAUUGCUGGAACACGGAGCGCGCGUGGACGAAUUGCCCACUCCUCCGGGGGUCGCUUCUCUUAAGGGACCCCAGGAACCAUUGGAGGAGCGGGCGAAAGAGCUGUUAGGGCUCCAGCAACAGCUCUUCAGCGCACGAUAUGAAAAUGCUUCAAGAAGGGUUGACAUGGUGAUGAAGGCCGGCAGCCUUUCCUUUCGCUUCCCCCUUAUUCUCUCAUUGGUGACACUAUAUCUGAAAUUUAUGGCGGUUGGCCGCUGGAAUUCUUUAUCUGUAUUACAAGAACUCGUCAAGGAUAACAAAACGGCCGAACUGCGACAGUGGGCGCAGGCAUAUGGGAAGUUUUACGUCCAGCUAGCUGCGGCUAGGGACCCCAAGAGGCUGGAGGCCAUGACCGAUCUCCCGACCACGAUCUUGCAGGCGGUCUCUGCUGACGACCUGAAAGCAUUGCUGGUAAUAAUGGUAAUGGUGGGAUCCGAGUGCAAACUUGCAACGAUUCGACUCGGAUGGAGACAAGGAGAUAUCAUCACAGCACGGGCGUUUUCGCACUGGGCUCAAAUCGCGUGUCGCAGAGAUGCAGAAGAGUUCUUGCACUUUGGAGUACGAGAGUUCCUAGCCGAUUUCGACAGCUCCAUCCAGAAGGGCAACAGGGAAGAGAACGUAGCCCGGGCGACACUUCUUCUCACAUGCCACGUUGGCAUGCUUGAAAACAAGGAACCACGGCCGAUCGAAUACUUCGCAACCGUCAUCGCAGAGUUCUACGCAGGAUAUAUCGGUGGAAGCCACGAAGAUGAACUGUUCAGCGACGCGAAUCAGUCAUGCGCCAGCGAGCUAGCUGCCAUUAGCCAAGACCACGAUUCCCCCAGAUUACUUCUGUUCCUCACCAGUAUCUUUCAAUUUGCUCAGCGCUCUCGAGAGAAGGGAGAGGACCGAUUCCUCAACAUGCCUUCCGCAUCAUGCCUGAUUCUUUGCCAGAACAAUACCAGCACUCACCAAUGGUUGAUUGGCGAGGCACUCCCAGAGACUCUGAGUGUCUUGAUAUCCCAGCAACAACCAGGCCCACUUCAAAAGCGGGCCUGCAAAACUCUUGUGGAAUGCCUGAUUAUUGGGAAACAAUAUGGCUUUGUACUGCCUGGAGUCCUGAGACAAAGAGUACAACAGCAUCUUCAUACAUUGAUGGGAGUCGAUGUAAUGUUGCAUCAUAUUGUCGGUCGUUGA